AUCUUCCCAGAAUUACAGUACUUUAAACCCUGAACAUGCCGGGAAUCUAAAACGGAAAAUCCGACCUCAUGGUCCAGUUGCCGGAGAAGCUCUCCCCGAAAGCUCUCUUGAAACUCCUAAAGUCUGAGAAGAACCCAAACUCGGCACUCGCCCUUUUCGAUAUAGCGAGUCAGCAUCCAGGUUAUGCUCACAAUGACGCCGUCUUUAAUUACAUCCUCCGCCGUCUCUCCUCCGACCGAAGAUUUGCUAUCCACAUUACUCGAAUCACCGACAUGAUCCGGACCCAGAAAUGCCCGUGGUCCGAGGAUUUAGCGCUAACCGUUAUCAAAGCAUACUCGAAAAACUCCAUGGUCGAUAAAGCGGUAGAGGUUUUUCAAAAUAUGAAGGCGAUUUUCGGGUGUCAACCUGGGGUUAGGUCUUAUAAUAGUAUGCUCAACGCUUUUGUGGUUUCGAAUCAGUUGGGCAAAGCGGAGUUGUUUUUCAGACACUUUGAGACAAUGCGGGUUUCACCCAACUCUGAAACGUACAAUAUUUUGAUUACAAUUGCGUGCAAGAGGCGGAAGUUUGUCCAGGCUAAAGAGAUCUUAAAUUUGAUGUGGGAGAGGAACUUGAAGCCGGAUGUGUAUAGUUAUGGGACUUUGAUCAAUGGGCUUGUAAAGAAUGGUGAUUUGAAUGAUGCCUUAGAGGUGUUCGAUGAAAUGUUUAGUAGAGGAGUGACACCAGAUGCCAUGUGUUAUAAUAUUUUAAUGGAUGGACUUUUCAAAGAAGGUGAUUCGGGAGGUGCUAAAAAGAUAUGGGAUAGGUUAUUGCAAAGUGAGUCUUCAUAUCCAAAUGUGGUUAGCUAUAAUGUAAUGAUCAGUGGGUUGUCUAGGUGCGGGAGGUUUAGUGAGGCGGUCGAACUAUGGGAUAGGAUGAAGAAAAACAAGGUGAAAAUGGAUGUCUUUACAUAUAGCUCAUUAAUCCAUGGGUUGUGUGAGUCAGGGAAUAUCAAUGGGGCCGAGAGGCUUUAUAAGGAGAUGACUGAGAGUGGGAUAUUACCAGAUGUUGUGAUAUAUAAUGCAUUGCUUAAUGGGUACUGCAAGUUUAAGAAGAUUAAAGAUUGUUUUGAGUUGUGGGAGUUAAUGGCAAGGGAAGAUUGUCGAAAUGUUUCUAGUUAUAAUAUAUUUAUGAAAGGGUUGUUUGAGAAAGGAAUGGUGGAGGAAGCAAUUGCUGUUUCGGAGCUCUUUAAGGAGAAUGGGUAUGUUGCUGACUCUAUGACAUAUGGAAUUUUGGUUCAUGGGCUUUGCAAAAAUUCGAAUGUGAACAUGGCACUACAGGUGUUAAAGGAGGCUGAUGACAGUAGAGGAGAGCCAGAUUCUUAUCUAUAUUCGGCUAUCAUUAAGGGGUUAUGCACAGAAGGAAGACUGUGUGAAGCAGCUGCUAUUAUCGAUCAUAUGGGAAAAAGUGGCAGUAAAGUAAAUCCCGCUGUUUGCAAUGCACUAAUUAGUGGCUUUAUCCAAGCUAAUAAGAUUGAGGACGCAAUGAGAUUUUUUGGUGAACUAGGCAAUAAAAAUUGCUUAACCAAUGUAGUGACCUAUAACAUCCUUGUUCAUGGUUUAUGCAAUGCUGAAAAAUUUGGUGAAGCCUAUGACAUUGUUAAGGAUAUGCUUCAGAAAGGAUGGAAGCCAGACAUUAUAACAUAUAGCUUGUUAAUCAAUGGUCUUUGCAAAACUGACAAGUUAGACAUGUCGUUGAACUUGUGGAAUCAAGUUCUUAGCAGGGGUAUCAAGCCUGAUACAACUAUGGGUAAUAUUAUGAUUCAUGGGUUCUGCUCUGCUGGAAAACUUGAACAAGCAUUGCGUCUGUAUCUUAACAUGAGCCAGUGGAACUGUGCCCCCAAUCUGGUCACUCUCAACACACUUAUGGAGGGAUUUUACAAAGCUAGGGACAGUCGAAAUGCAUCUGCAAUUUGGGCUCGCAUUCUCAGAGGUGGAUUUCAGCCUGAUAUCAUUUCUUACAAUAUUACUCUUAAAGGGCUUUCUUUUUGCAAUAGGAUAUCAGAUGCCAACUUGUUCUUGAAUGAUGCUCUGAGUAGGAAUGUCUUCCCAACUGUAAUUACAUGGAACAUACUCGUCAGAGCUGUUAUUUAUGGUGAAAUUCAAUGUGAUAAUGCUGAUUUAUCAACCAUGCAAAUUUUAGAAAAUCAAGGUCAUGAAGUCAGUUCCCCCUAGAUCCUCAUCUUCAAGUGAUAUUCUAUGGAAUCUAGGAAUUCAAAGUAAAGAUAUGAAAGAUGUUCCAGUUAUCGAAUUGUGCUUUUGAUGCAAAGGGAAUAUUCUUUAAAUAGGGGUUGUGUAUGCUAUUAAGGUUGAACCUAAUGUGCAAGGCUCCUGCAUCAUGCAGGGACGGAAGAUGUAUGCAAUCUUUUUUGUUGUUAGAGAGAAAACGGGCUUGAAUUCUUGACUACCAUCUGCUUGUGAGCACUUGGCAGUAUACACAUAUACAUACUGGGAAAGUAAACCUACCAAAAUUAUCCCAAGAAUUGUGGAUUUUUGCCAGUUGGAGGGUGAAGUGAUCAAGGCAUCAACAAUUCCAACUCCUACUAUGCAGAUUAGUGCCAGGUAAAUAUUUCUUCGAGUUUUUGACCCUGCACUCUCUCUACUAAGCUUCCCAAUUUUCUCCAUCUCUUCCUUAGCUUUUGCUUUGUCCACAGGUUUUCUUUGCAUUAGAUUCUUAAAGAACAGUCCUUCAUUUCUAUCCUUCUCUAUUUGACCUUCAAAGUCUGCUAACUGCCUUUCAUUCUCUUCAAUCUCCUGCUUGUUCACCUCUACUGAUUCUUCAAAGGCUUGCAUCUGGUUCUCGAUAUUUUCCAUAAUCUGCUCAACAAAACCAACAAAUUCAGAAAUCAAGAGAUGAAACAUCCAGCGGUAAAUCCCAGGACUUCUAAACAGUUGCUAGACAGUAAGAAGUCGGACACAGACCCUUGCACCAGCUUCAUCAAGCUCUUUGAGGGCAUUUUCUCCUAUCUGAUUCAUCUCGGCAUUAGCUUCUUCAGCAAACUGGGUCAGAUAGGCUGCUCUUUCGUCUAAGUAGUCAGUCAGGCGAACUUUCUGGGUCUGAAGCAUUGCAAUUUUGGCAAGCAGUUCCUGAUUACGCUCAUCUCCUUCGGGAGGAGGAGCAUCUGAAUCUGUAGAAUCAUUGGACUUGCAGAAUGAGAGUAUGGGGUUCUUUCUCUUGAAGUGGCCUCUUGUGGGAAGAAGAGGAUGCUGGGUGAGAGUGAAAGAGGAAUGUAUUGCUUUGAGGUAAAUCAUUUUUGUUUUUCUACUUUGAUUGAUUUAGGUUUGGGAAAGAAAGAUGGAGUCGUAGGGGAAGAAGAGUCUGUCCUCCUGCAGGUGUAAAAUGGAAGUUUUCUGAACCUCUAACAACUUAUCCAUUUUGAGUUCUGGAACUUAGUUUGUUCUUAUCAUUCAAAUAAAAAGUGUCUUGCUUGUGGGCCCCAA